AUGCAGAGCUGCCUAGGCAUGUUCUCCAAGGCCGCACCCGCGGCCGACGUCACGAAGCUCAAGCCGGGCAUCGCGCUGCCGCACGUCACCCUGCCAACCACGGAGGGCGGGCGCGUGGAGAUCGGGGCGCCCACGGGGCGCUGGCAGCUGGUGGUGGUGUACCGAGGCAAGCACGACCCGGUGUGCGUCACCUACCUGGCGGCCCUGCAGCACCUGAUGCCCGAGUUUGAGGAGCAGAGCUGCGACGUGGUGGCGGUGUCUGCCGACAGCCGCGGCAAGGCCUGCUCCUUUGUGGACGACCUGCGCGGCGCCGUGCUGGCGGUGGCGUAUGGCCUGAACGAGGAGCAGAUGCGGCGCUGGGGCCUGUACGUGUCGCGCCCGCUGGGCCCCGAGGAAAGCAUCACCCUCUUCUCAGGCAUGUGCUAG